AUGGAUGAAGCAGGUAAUGAGAUUGUCGAUGAGAUAAACAUGUACUAUGAUUGUAGAUACGUAUCUGCAUCCGAAGCAGCUUGGAGAUUGUUUAGUUUUGAAGUCCAGUAUAGAACUCCCCCUGUUGAGCGAUUGAGCUUCCACUUGCCGGAUUGCCAAUCAGUUGUUUUCCAAGACGAUGAUAGUAUUGAUAAUGUACUCAAUAGAGAAACUGUUGGUCAAAGCAUGUUUAAUGCAUGGUUUUUAGCCAACCAGAAUUACAAAGAAGCGAGUUUGUUGACUUACAUUGAGAUGCCUACCAAAUUUGUUUGGAAAAAAAACAUCCGUGAAUGGCAUCCAAGAAAGACCAAUAGAACCUCAAUUGGUCGAAUAUUCUAUGUACCUCCAGCUUCAGGUGAGAUAUAUUAUUUGAGGUGUCUAUUGAACAUAGUCCGUGGUCCAAAAAGUUUCAAAGACAUUAGGACAGUUAACGGUGUUGAGUACUUCACGUUUAGAGAUGCGUGUUAUGCGCAUGGAUUGCUAGACGACGAUAAAGAGUACAUUGAUGCUAUAAAUGAGGCAAGCUACUGGUCAACUGCACAUUCAUUGAGGAAGCUAUUUGUUGUUUUACUAACAUCAUCCUCAAUUAUUAGACCCGAAAAUGUUUGGAAUCAAGUUUGGCAACAUCUGUGUGAAGAUGCUCAACAUUAUCAAAGAAGAGUAUUAAAACAACAAGGUUAUACGUAUAACAAUUUGGAUGUUGCUAUUAUAACAGAUUUGGUAUUAACAGAGGAAGAGAAAAAGAACUUUGGAUUAUUGGAAUUGGAAAACCUGUUGGGGCAACAGAACAAGUCUUUAAAAGACUUUCCUCCGAUGCCCACACCAAGUACUGAUAAUACAAGGUUGUUUCAAAAUCGAUUAGUUUUUGAAGAAUUGAGUUACAAUACGGAACAAUUGAAGACAGAUUCUGAAUUGAUGUGUGCCAAACUAACAGAAGAACAAGGUCUCAUUUUUUAUACUGUUAUCCAAGAUAUUGCAACCAAUAAAGGUGGUUUAUUUUUUGUUUAUGGAUACGGUGGGACAGGAAAGACUUUUUUAUGCAGAGCGUUAUCCGCUGCAGUCCGGUGCAAAGGCCAGAUCGUUUUAAAUGUCGCAUCAAGUGGCAUAGCUUCUUUGUUGUUAGCAGGUGGUCGAACAGCUCACUCGAGAUUUGCAAUACCUAUUGCAAUAAAUGAGGACUCUACCUGUAACAUUAAACAAGGUAGCGACUUGGCUGAAUUGUUGAUAAAAACGAGCUUGAUAAUUUGGGAUGAAGCCCCUAUGAUGCACAAACAUUGCUUUGAAGCGUUAGAUCGAACCAUGCGAGAUUUAUUGCGUUUUGUUGACCCUAACAGUGAAAUGAAGACGUUUGGUGGUAAAACAGUGGUCCUGGGUGGAGACUUCCGCCAAAUUCUUCCAGUAGUUCCAAAAGUUGGAAACACUGACCCCGAGCAUCUGAUAGGUCGUGCUAUACUUGCACCAACGCUGGACGUUGUCAACGCAGUUAAUGAAUAUAUGACUGAGCUGCAUAAUGCCGAAAGCAGGUCCUACUAUAGUUCAGACGCAGUUUGCAAAGCCGACGGUGAUAAUGGUAUACUUGGAGAUGUACACACCCCGGAAUUUCUAAAUAGCAUUCGUGUGUCGGGUCUACCAAAUCAUACACUGAAUUUGAAAAUUGGCUCACCAGUAAUGUUAAUGAGAAAUAUUGACCAUUCUCUUGGGUUGUGCAAUGGAACUCGGUUGAUAAUCACAAAGUUAGCAGACCAUGUUAUUGAAGGUGAGCUUCUCACUGGUCCCAACAAAGGUACAAAAGUGUUAAUUCCCCGAAUGUCAAUGUCACCCUCGGAUCCAAGAUUACUGUUCAAGUUUCAACGAAGGCAAUUCCCAUUGAUGCUUUCAUAUGCGAUGACCAUAAACAAAAGUCAAGGCCAAACGUUGACUCAUGUAGGGUUAAUACUAAAGAAACCGGUUUUUGUACACGGUCAGUUGUACGUAGCUGCAUCUCGGGUUAAUAAUCCAGACGGUCUGAAAAUACUGAUUGUAAAAGACUCAAGUUCAACUACUACAUCAACCACUAAUGUUGUAUAUCAUGAAGUUUUCAAUAAUUUGUAA